UUCGGUCACCGCGGUGAGCGAGGCGCGCGGAGCGACGAGGUGGCAUAGUCACUCUGUGGGCUCAGUUCGGCUCGGCGCCGCCCCCCGCUCGUCUCUCGACCUCCCGCGCCCUCCGCGGCUCAGUACCGGCGCGGCCCUUCCGCGCGAGCGACCCCCCGACCAGGACCCUCCCGUCCUCGACAAGAGUCCAGCAUGGCGCCCCGGCCGGCGCUCCUCCUGGUGGCCGCGCUCCUGGUGGUGGCCACUCACCACGCCGCGGCCAUCAAAGUCUACAAGGCUUGCGCCUCGGAGCGCGUUCCCGCGUACACGUGCGCGGGCCUCACGAAGGGCAACACGGAGGCCAACUGCGCCCGCGUCGUGGACUCGGCCGACUGCGUCCGCCAGCUCGUGUCCAAGCACGUCGACUUCGGCGUCCUCACCGCGGAGGAGAUCCUGCUCGCCUCCAAGAUCCCCAAGCUCAACGACGAGACUCGGGUCGUGUCCGAGAUCCGUCAUGUGGAGCGGCUCAAUGAGCCGUUCGCGUUCGAGACCGUCGUGGUGGUCAAGGCCGACUACACCGGGCUCCUCAGCGGCCUGAAGGACAAGAAGUUCUGCCACCCUGGUUUCUCCGACAGCCAAAUCUGGACUGACCGAGUCCUCAAGCACUUCCACAGGACCGUCGUCCCCCAGACCUGCAACAACCUGGUGCCGAGGGUGGAGGAGGAGUACGACAACCUCGGGGCCUACUUCAAGGAGGCCUGCAUCCCGGGCGACUGGUCCCGCAGCGAGUACCGCGAUGACCAGCUCAAGCGAAAGCAUCCCGAGCUGUGUGCGCUGUGCGACAGUCCCGAGCGCUGCUCGUACAACAGCCACCGCUACGGCACCCACGAGGCGGCCCUGUCCUGCCUCACCAACAACGGCGGCGAGGUGGCCUACGUCGCCCUGCAGUACGUGCAGAGCUACUUCGGGAUCAACAAGGAUAGGAAACAGCAGGCUGAUCCAAAGGACUACCGCUUCCUGUGUCCCAACGGCUCAAUGCAGACCAUCGGCUCCGCCCGGCCCUGCACGUGGAUCCAGCAGCCGUGGAACGCCAUCGUCUCCCGAAGGGACAUCGCCACCGAGCUGCAGGGGAAGCUCAAGGCCUGGCUGCCGGCGUCGUACACCCGCGCCAAGGACUCGUGGACCGACUCGCUGGCCGACCUGCUCUUCUCGGAGCGCUCCAAGCUGGUGGACCCGCCGCCGUCGGCCACCUCCCUGGCCGACUACAUGGCGAGGGGUCGCAACGACACCCUGGGCCCCGCGACGCCCGAGGGUCAGCAGUGCCGGCCCAGCGUGCGCUGGUGCGUGAGCGGCGCGCUCGAGGCCGAGAAGUGCGAGGUGCUGCGCCAGGGCGCCUUCAACUACGGCCUGGAGCCCGCCAUCAAGUGCAUCCCCGCCAGCAACAUGUGGGAGUGCAUGGCCGCCGUGCGCAACAUGACGGCCGACAUCUUGGCCAUCGACGCCGAGUACUCGCACCUCGCCCGGAAGACGUUCGGCCUGAGCGGGCUCAUCUACCAGGACUCUGACAACGACCGUGCCUACCGCAUCCUGGCCGUGGUCAGGGCCGAGUCCGGCAUCAAGCAGCUCUCCGACCUGAAGCAGAAGUCCGCCUGCUUCCCGGAGUUCGGCGGCCUCGCGUGGACAGCCUGGGUGGACGCGGCGCGCAGCCGCAAGCUGCUGCCCAAGAAGUGCCCCUCGUCCGACGCCGCCUCGGAGUACCUGUACCGCGCGUGCGCGCCGGGGGCCGACGACAGCCUGCACAACCCCAACAGCAACACCAAGACCAGAACGAGCCUGUGCGCCCUCUGCCCGGACGUCAACAGGGACGGCGUCACCCCCAACCCGAGCGUCAGCAAGUGCGGGACGUACAACAACAGCUACUUUGCGGACGCGGGUGCCAUGCGGUGCCUCAACGACAAGAGGGGCGACGUGGCCUUCGUGGACCUCCGCGCCCUGACGGAGGUCGACCAGACCGGCCUGGUGAAGCUCCUCCCGGACUACCGCGACGACGAGUACCGGGUGCUCUGCCGCAACGGCUCGGCCAGCUCGCAGGUCGGACUCCUGGUGGACGCCAAGUGCGCCCUGUCCACGGGCAUCGUCGGCGAGAUCGUGACCCGCAACCCGGAGACCACCAUCGCCAAGGACGCCGCGCUGCUUCUCCUCGAGCUGGAGUACUGGUUCGGCUACGGCGCCAAGCACUACGAAAGCGCCCUCAACAUCUUCGGCCAGUAUCGUGGCGUGGAUGACGUCAUCUUCAAGAAAUCUGCGGUGGGCUUCGUGUCCAUCUACGACAAGGAGAACCUGCUGGCGCAGGACUUCUCGGGGCUGAUGGACCGGAACGCGGGCUGCAACCUGGAGGGCGCGGGCAGCGCGGUGACGGCCGCGCCCGCCCUGGUGCUGGGGCUGCUCCUGGGCGCCGCCGCCCUCACCAUGCUCUCCCGCAGUCACUAGAGGGGGAGGGGAGUAUAGGAGAGAGGUCUUCACUGCCGCCAGCUGAGAUGAGAGGCCCAACGUGCAAUUGUCUCUGUUAAUUUUUAGUCUAUUUUUACCGGUGAUGAAUGUCAUGUGUCAUGAUUUUUUUGUACAAAAUAAAUGUAAGUUACAACGAAACGGA